AUGUCGGCGGGGCUUAGGGUUUUGCGGCGGCGGGGGGCGUCUGCCUGCAGGGGCCCAAUCAUCUGCGCCGUUGCCUGGAUCCGACGGCCCGCACGCUCCCGUCGCCGCCCCCCAGCCAAAAAAUUCCCCACCCCCCUCCCCGGUCCGACUCCGGCCGCCGUGCGGCCCCUUCUCGGCGCCGCGCCCGCUCCAGCUCCGAGUCGCCUUCCGCAACCGGAGCCCUUUGCCGAUUUAUAUGAACCGCACCGUCCAUACGUCCAACACUACACGCUACACCGUCCGUCCUCCGCCGGCGUCCCUCUCCGGUCCCGUCCGCCCGAUUUCAGAUAUCCUUGGGCGGUGGAAUCAAAUGCUGCCAACAGAGACAAUGCUUCUGAAGAGGCGAGGGUUUUGCCAUUGGCUCUGUUUGCCGUGGAACACAACAGCAAGAAGCGGCUGCUGUUCGAUGUUUCCAGCAGAAACAUCCGCGGGAUAACCAGCAUGCUGUUUCCGGAUGCCUUUGUCGAAUUCGAGAGCUGCGGCUGGCUUCUUAUGGUCCGACGCAAGCCAUUCUACUUCCAAGAGCAGGUCGUCUUCCUGGUCCACCCUAGCACCGGCAGGCGGAUCGACAUGCCGGUGCUCCGCUCUCCCAACAGCGGCUACUUCGUUUUCUACGUUGAUCCUCGUGGAAGUGGAACUCCCCUGGUUGUUGCGUGCAUCCAGAUCAUGAGCGUCGUUCCGACUGUCCAUGUCGCGUGCCCUGGAGACGUGUACUGGUGCGUCCACAAGCAUACCUGUCAACUGCACCCGUCAGAAGCAAUGUGCAGAUCCAUCCACAACACUUUGAUCAUGGACGUGGCACUGGUCGGGACACAGGCUGUCUAUCUGUGCGAAGGAGGAAGGCGGGAGGAAAGUCUACACUUUCCAUCCAAGAGGACGUGGUAGCUCGGCGACAGAGAGCUCGGAUGGAAGGACAAUAACAUCAGGGCCUGCCACAUUGAAGACCAUCACAAAUAUUUAUGCGUAUGA